GGUGCCUCUGGGCGCUCGGUUCCCGACCCGGGGCUCUGGGCUCUUGCAGGGCCGGGGCCGCCAUGGACAUCGAGGACUGCAACGCGCGCUCCUACAUCACCGGAAUCUGCUCUUCCUGGAAGGUGAGCGGCUGCGUGCGCCCGGCCAGCGCCGCCCUGCGCCCCGCCGGGAUCCCGCGCUGCUUCCCGGGAAUCCCGAUCCAGGGAUCCACCGGCUUCCUCCCGCAAGGCCGCGGGGAUUCCCCCCUGGAGCAGGAAUUCCGCUCGGCCGUGGGGGGAGGGGCGGCCCGGAGCCCCCCCAGCCCCCGCUCGUCCCCACGCUCCCCUGCCAAUUCCAUCAAGGUGGAGAUGUCCUCUGACGAGGAGUCGCAGGGCCGGCCGCUGUCGCGGGAGGGCCGGGAGGCGCUUCCCGAGGAUUCGCUGCCCGAGCCCUUCCCGGAGCAAUUCCCGGAGCCCUUCCCGGAGCCGCACUCGCCCGGCGGGAUCCGCCUGCCCAACGGCAAACUGAAAUGCGACGUGUGCGGGAUGGUGUGCAUCGGGCCCAACGUGCUCAUGGUGCACAAGCGCAGCCACACCGGAGAACGACCCUUCCAGUGCCAGCAGUGCGGCGCCUCCUUCACGCAGAAGGGGAACCUGCUGCGCCACAUCAAGCUGCACUCGGGGGAGAAGCCCUUCAAGUGCCCCUUCUGCUCCUACGCCUGCCGGCGCCGCGACGCCCUCAGCGGCCACCUGCGCACCCAUUCCGUCUCGUCCCCCACGGUGGGCAAGCCCUACAAGUGCAGCUCGUGCGGCCGCAGCUACAAGCAGCAGAGCAGCCUGGAGGAGCACCGGGAGCGCUGCCACGGCUUCCUGCAGAGGGAGAGCCCCGCACAGACAGGAGAGGAAAUCCGGGAGCUGGACAUGGUGCCCGAGGCGUUGCUGCACCCUGAGCGCCCCACCUUUAUCGAGCGACUGGCAGGGAGCUUCACCAAGAGGAAACGCUCCACGCCGCAGAAAUUUGUGGGUGAGAAGCAGAUGCGCUUCGCCCUCUCGGAGCUGCCCUUCGAUGUCAGCCCGGGCUUCGACAAGGACGUGGAGGUGGUUCCGAGCCGCGGGCACGCCCUGGAGCCGCCCUACGCCGGCCCGCUGUCGCUGCUGGGCGCCGGGGACCCGCUGCGCCCGCUGCGCCUGGCCACCAACUGCAUCACCGAGGUCACUCCGGUCAUCAGCUCCGUGUACACCCAGAUCCAGGCGCUGCCCGCCCGCCUCGAGCUGCCGCGGGGCCGCGACUCCUCCGAGGACGGCGCCGAGGGCAUCCCGGUGAUCUUCCGCAGCCGCGGCGGCGGCGGGGACGCCGGGGCGUCGCCGUCCAACGGCUGCCAGGACUCCACGGACACCGAGAGCAUCCAGGAGGAGCGGGCGGGCGGCGGCAGCAGCCGGCACAGCCCCGCCUACGCCAAGGAGGAGCCCAAGGAGGAGCCGGACGGUGCGGCCCGCUGCUUCCCCAAGGAGUCCCUGCGGGUGCUCAACGAGGAGGGCGAGCAGCUGCGGGCUUUCUGCUGCGAGCACUGCCGAGUGCUCUUCCUGGACCACGUCAUGUUCACCAUCCACAUGGGCUGCCACGGCUUCAGGGACCCUUUCGAGUGCAACAUCUGCGGCUACCGCAGCCAGGACCGCUACGAGUUCUCCUCGCACAUCGUGCGUGGCGAGCACAAGAUAUGAGGUGGGAGAGACUCCCCCUUCCUGCCUCGGAUUCCCCCGUUUCAGACCGAUUUUCCCCUCCUCAGUCGUGCUCGGGAAACACAAAAUGUGAGGUGGGGGAAACGCCCCCUUCCUGCCUCCAGCUCCCCGAUUUUCCCCUCCUGAAUCGUGCUCGGGAAAUACAAAAUGUGAGGUGGGAGAACCCCCCCUUCCUCUCCCAAAUUCCCUGAUUUCACCCCCAUUUCAUCCCGGUUUUCCCCUCCUGCCUUGUGCUCAGCAAACACAAAAUGCGAGGUGGGAGAAUCCCCCCUUUCCUGCCUCCACUUCCCCAAUUUUCCCCUCCUGAGUCGUGCUUGGGAAACACAAGAUACGAGGUGGGAAAAUCCCCCCUUCUGCCUCCAAUUUCAGCCCAGUUUUCCCUUCCUAAAUUGUGCAUGGUGAGCACAAGAUCCGAGGUGGGAAAAACUCCCCCUCCUGCCUCCAGUUCUCUGAUUUUCCUCUCCUGAAUCGUGCUCGGGAAACACAAGAUAUGAGUGGGAAAAACUCCCCCCUCCUGCCUCCAAUCUCCUAAUUCCAGCCCAAUUUUCCUUUCCUAAAUUGUGCUCGGCAAACACAAAAUGUGAGGUGGGAAAAACUCACCUUCCUUCCUCCAAUUUCCUGAUUUCAGCCCAAUUUUCCCUUCCUAAAUUGUGCGUGGUGAGCACAAGAUACGAGAUGGAAAACCUCCCUUCCUGCCUGCGGUUUCCUGAUUUCAUCCCAAUUUUCCCCUCCUGCAUGGUGCUCGGCAAACACCAAAUGUGAGGCUGGAAAAUCCCUCCCUUCUUCCUCCAGUUUCCUGAUUUCACCCCGGCUUUCCCCUCCCAAACACAAAAUGUGAGGUUGGAAAACUCCCCCGCCUCAAAUUCCCCCUUCUCUCCUCCCAUUUCCCCUCCCACAUCCCGUGCAAAAAGCGAGGUUGGAAAAAAAAUCUUCCCUGCCUCAAAUUCCCAUUUUUUCCCCCAAUUUUCCUCUUUUUCCCCCCAAUUUUCCCCUCCCAUUUCCCCUUUUUCCCCCCAAUUUUCCCCUCCCACCUCGUGCACACCGAGCACAAAAUGUGAGGUUGGAAAAAUCCCUCUCCCACCUCAAAUUCCCGUUUUUCCCACCCGAUUUUCCCCCUCCCAUCCUUAGGGCAUGGAACUGUUGGGUUGUGUUGUUUUUAUUUUUUUUUUUUUCCUUUUAUACUCCUUUGCACUGACUUUGGCUAUAAAAAAAAAA